UUUGUGCUGCAGCAGGACAAUGAAGCAUGAAAACACGAGUGUGUUUGUCCAGAAAGUCAGAGCGCCUCGGUCACCAUGACGACCAGGGUGGAGGAUUGCAUCAGUGUGAAAUCACAGCAAAGCGAGAAGACAGAGUGAAGUCACGUCUGCAGCUCAGAGAGAAACAGCUCAAGAAACACAACAGAAAAAUCAGACACAGAAUGAGAAGAAGUCAGUGGAAACAGCCAAACUGUCCCAGAGUCUGGAGACAUGGAGACAGAAAAACAUCUCCAGGAUGAGGAGACAACAUUAGUUCAGAGUUUAACAUCUGAGAAGACAUGGUGGACAUGAUGGUUCCUGGUUUUUAUGUUUUGGUAAAAUAAAUAAUCAAAAGUUUGUUCCUUGUUUUUUCUGGUUUCCAUCAUUCUGAGUCCUCCUGCCAGAAGACAUCUCUGAAUUCUCUCCUUCUUCAUGGUGUUCUGGUUCCUCAGAACUGCAGGACUUUAGAUGAAACAUGGACCUCAUUCUGUGCUGCAGGUUUUUCCAUCAUGGCAGAGAGUUUGGACAUGGAGGAGCUCCUCACGGCCUUCAGGAAGUUCGCUGUCCACGGAGACACCAAGGCCACGGGAAAAGAGCUCAACGGGAAGAACUGGGCCAAACUGUGCAAAGACUGUAAGAUCGUGGACGUGAAGAACGUGACCAGCACCGAUGUGGAUAUCGUCUUCUCCAAAGUCAAACAGAAGUCGUCUCGGGUCGUCACCUACGAGGAGUUUCGCAGAGCUCUGGAGGAACUCGCUCCCAAAAGGUUCAAAGGCCAAAGCAAAGACGAAGCUCUGCAGUCGAUGUUCAAGCUGGUGGAGGGUCGAGAACCCACCAACGUCGGUGUGACGAAAGUGUCGAAGACGGCGGCGGUGGACCGACUCACCGAUACGGCCCGGUACACCGGAUCCCACAAGGAGCGCUUUGAUGAGACCGGUAAGGGCCGAGGCCGCGAGGGCCGUGAGGAGAUUGUGGAGAACACGGGAUACGUGGGAGCGUACCGGAAUGCCGGGACGUACGACACCAAGACCAAAGACAAAUAAAAUGACAGGAAGCAGCACCACCUGCUAGGAGCUGACUAGCAACUACAGCUCUGAUACAGCACUUAGUCUGGACCAAACCUGGAACCGGGACUCCUCUGAGUGAGUGUGUGUGUGUGUGUGUGUGUGUGUGUGUGUGUGUGUGUGUGUGUGUGUGUGUGUGUGUGUGUGUGUGUGUGUGUGUGUGUGUGUGUGUGUGUGUGUGUGUG